AUGCUGGUUCUUCGAGUUGCAGCGCCUCCUUCCCAGCAGCUCUCCCAACUGCCGCCUCCGCACUGUCGAUGGCCCGUAGACCGGCACGCUCCUGCCACAGACGCAGAACUGUGCAGUUCCUGCCUGCAACACAAAAGCUGCAUUUUUGAUCUAAUCCACACACAGUUGCAAAAAAAUAUGACUGAUAUUGUAACCUAUGUGCAAGUAAAGCUGAAAACAGAAGGAAGACAGAAGAAAGCCAUAUUUGCACAUGGUGCCAGUUCUGCAAUGGAAAGCGAAGGGCCACCAGUAAAAAGGAAGGUUUACUGCACCCAAUCUGUCUUUCUUUUUUCCAUAGUGUGUACCUUGCUAACUGCAGUCAUAGUCAUCUUGGGUAUAACAAUCAUGAAGAAACUGGCAUACAUUGAAGAAACUGAGAAGAUCUGUACUAUGCAAAACCUUUAUAAAUAUAUCAUUAGUCUUAAUGAUAAGUUUGAAGAGUUUAAGAGUGACAUCAGUAAAGCUUAUCAGGAAUGCAACAGAAAUCAGACAAGUGAGAACGACAUCUUCAAGGAACAUCUGUUAAGAAGAGUCUGCACAAAUGACAAUGGAAAUAAAGGUUUACCGUGCUUCUUGUGUCCAGUUGAUUGGUUACAAAAUAAGGACAUGUGCUACUUCAUUUCCAAGGAAAGUAAAACCUGGCUUGAAAGUCGAUAUGACUGCAUUGCAGCCAAAGGAGACCUGAGUGAAUUUAAGGAUCUACUUCACCUGGGCAUCCUCGUCAACUUGACCGUGCACCGGAACAUCAUCAACACUAAGCAACUGAUCCUCGGAUUUCGUCAGGAAGGCCUCCAGGGAACGCAGUUGGUGCAGUUACGAAUGAGAUGUCUGCUUCUGGAGAAAGAGGCCGUGGUCGCGGACGUCGCCGAGGUUAUUUCAGCAGUGGCGCUGAACAAAGAUGUUUCCGGUGCGACCAACCGGGUCACUUGGUGA